AUGCUUUUAGUUUUUAAUUAUUUUUCCCCCUUUAUCUCCUCUCUUUUUCCUGAUCUUUGUUCUCCGUUAUCGUUGUCUUCUUUUUCUGUAAUCAUUUUUUUUUUCAAAUUCAUUUUGUCUCAUUUCUUUCUUUUUCUCUAUUCUGUUUCUUUUUUGCUCUUUCUUUUCUUUUUUUCACUUUAUCUCAAGAGACAAGAUGAAGCCGGAUAUGGCGUAUAUCUUUUCUCAUCCCUCUUUCUUCCUCUCUUUCCUCUCAUUUCUUUCUUUCUCUCCCUCCUUCUUUUACUCUAUCUUAAUCCUUUUUCUCUCUGUUUUUUCCUCUCUUUCCCUUCCCACAUUCAUUCCCUUCUUUCUCUCUAUCUUCCUUUUUCUCCCACUUUUUACUUUCUUUACCCUUCUCACUUUCUUUCUCUUCCUCCUUCUUUCUCUCUAUCUUCAUCUUUUUCUCCUUCUUUCUUCCUCACUUUUACCUUCCCACUUUCUUUCUCUCCCUCCUUCAUUCUCUCUAUCAUAAUGCUUUUUCUCCCUAUUCUUUCCUCUUCUCACUUUCUUUUUCUCUAUCUUAAUCGUUUUUCUCCUUUUUUUCCGCUCUUUCCCCUUCCCUCUUUCUUUCUCUUCCUCCUUCUUUCUCUAUUUUCAUCUUUUUUCUCCUUCUCCUUUUAUCUAACCUUUCUUUUCCUCUUUUUCUCUCACUAA